AGAUGUUGAAAACAGAAUGGGAGAUAUCAAGUCCCAUCUUAUGAAAUGUUCUAAGGAUAGCGAGACGAUUGAAUUGGUCAAGAAAUAUUUAGCUAAAAAAAAACAUAUAGAACGAAAAGGUUCAGUUAAAUACCUGUUUGCAUUCGAUGAAGCUCGUACACUGAUUAGUAAGAAUGAUGGAAUUAAGAGCGUUAGAAAAAACUCACUGUUCUACUACAUUCGACGUGCUUUAAUUCUUUUACCCAAAGAAGCAGGAAUUUUUGCAAUCUUUACAGACACACAUUCAAAUAUUUCGAAUUUUUCACCUGUUUCUUACCUCGAUCCAUCUAAAAGAGUUGCUGAAGAAGGAUUUAUAUUAUUUGAGCCGUUUUAUUUGUUAGACACUGUGGACAUGAAUGUUAAUUUUAAAAAAGUAAUGACAUUAAAGGAAUCUGCAGAUCCACAACAUUUUUUUCAAUACGGAAGACCUUUGUGGGGUGCGCUAUUAAUGCCUUCUAGUGAUACUAAAGGAAUGGAAUCAGAACAUAUUAUCGAAUUGGCCAUGGACAAACUUAUUGGCGGAAAAUUUUUCAGUGUUUGGAAAAAAGAUUUGAAAGAUUCCCAAAAGAAAAUUGAUAUUUUGGAGACUUUGGCUAUUCUUGGGCCCCGUUUAUGUAUCGAAAUAGCGCCACAAUCUGGAUAUGCGCCUGAUCUAAUAGCAAAUAAUAUGCGUCUUUGUAUUAAUAUCUUAGAAGAUCGUAAAUACAUUGUUACAUCAAUGCCUACCGAACCUGUGCUGGCAGAGGCUAGCGCUCGAAUAAUGAAUGAUCCACAUGUCAGCCUCACAGAACUUAUUAAUCAGCUCUCCGAAGCCUUAAAAAAAGGCGUAGUAGAGGCCGGUUAUCGUGGAGAGCUUACAGCUAGGUUAUUACUUCUCAAUGCCUGGGAUUGUUGUAUCAAAAAAAAGAACGAGAAAGAGAAGAACUCUGAUGACACAAAUAUUAGCAAAAAUUAUUUUCGAUUCGUGACUCUUGAAGAAUUCUUAAAAUCAUUACUUGCGGACAAUGUUUAUGAGAAAAUAAAGAAUCGCCUUGAAGAGACAGUAAAGUUUACAGGAAGAAAAUUCAGCGAAGCUUAUAUUAAGUUCACACACUUUAUCAAUAUUACAUAUACUCCGGAUAGAAAAGAUCUCGGGGAUGCUUUAAUUCGCGGUGUUGCAUUUUCAUGUAAACGAAAUCAACAGGGUGCAGAUAUUAUCAUACCUACAUAUAUGGGCACUCUCGAUGAAACGGUUGACGAAGAUCGUAUUUCAUACAUACUAAUACAAGUUAAAAAUCACUCUACUAACAAUAAAGGCCAUGGAUAUUUAAAGUCUGCAACUACUAUGCUAUCGCCGGCUUAUAUAG